GUACCGACGUUCGCGCCGACCGCUCGUCCUCCGCGUCGUGUGAGACAGUCUUUUGCUGCCGCCGUAUUCUGGUGCGCGUGUCGCGAGUGCAUUCUGUUUACGCAUUUAGUUUUUUUCCGUCGCGCGUGUAUUCUUCAUCAGUGCCAUACUAUACACACACAUAAACACGCUUAGAUUUUUUGGAUUACUGUAUGAUGUCCGCGAGCCGAUAACUCAGGGCUUAUUAAAAGACAAAACGCAAUCAUGAUGUUCCUCAUAUUUUUGGUGGUAGCGUGCGUCAAUGGUCAUCAAAAUGAACCAGGACACCAUGUUAUACCGUAUAAAGAUGUGAUGUCGACGGCCAACAUGUUUUCGGAAGACGGAGUGACAUCGUACUCGCAGCUGUUAUUCGACAUAGCCAGAAAACAAGUGGUAGUCGGUGCGAGAGACAACAUUUACCGUCUGGACUUGGACGAUUUGAAAAAGAUCGAGGCUGCCCGAUGGCCGGCUGCUGAGGAAAAGGUGCAGCUGUGUCUGGUAAAAGGUCAGAGCGUCGACGACUGUCAUAACUAUGUCAAAGUACUACUAUCUACUGGAAAACGGCUUUUCGCAUGCGGAACCGGAGCCUUUUCACCACAGUGCACAUGGAGAGAGAUGGAAAAUGCCAACAGCGUGACCGACACCGUACGUGGGGUGGGUAAGUGUCCUUACAGCCCGCUGUCCAACAUCACAGCCAUGAUCACGCUCAACGGUCAGUACUUUGCCGGUAGCCCAAUGGACUUUUCGGGCGCAGACUCGGCCAUCGUCCGUGAUCUGGGUGCUUCGUAUUUGCGGACAAAGAAUUAUGAUGCCAAGUGGCUGAACGAGCCUCAGUUCGUCGGAUCAUUUGAGACCGACGCCUAUGUGUACUUUUUGUUCAGAGAAAGUGCAGUGGAAUACAUAAACUGUGGCAAGAGGGUGUACUCAAGAAUUGCUAGGAUGUGCAAAAACGAUGUGGGCGGACAAACUAUGCUUCGAGACAACUGGACCACGUUUAUUAAGGCCCGUUUAAACUGUUCUUUACCCGGUGACUAUCCGUUUUAUUUUGAUGAAAUUCAAGGUAUGACAUAUCUACCGGACGAAGGAUUGGUGUACGCUACAUUUACUACACCGAGCAAUGGUAUAGCUGGAUCGGCAGUGUGUAGUUUUAAUCUUACUGCUAUAAAUGCAGCGUUUAAUGGACCAUUCAAACACCAAGCCAGCGUUGGUUCAGAGUGGGUACGAUAUAACCCACCGCAUCAACUCAACCACGGACACUGCCAAAGACAGGAUCCAAAUCAAAUACUUGACUCGUCGAGAUACCAACUGAUGGACAACGCAGUACAACCCACCACAAUGGACCCACUAUAUUACAAGCCAUUGGAAAUUCUCACUCACAUUGCUGUUGACGUUGUACCGACCAAACCGCACGGAUCUUUAAAAGUCUUAUACGUGGCCACGACUGAAGGAACAGUGAAAAAGAUAACUAUUCUACCAAAGUCAUCAGUCACGUGCACGCUGGAAGAAUGGAACAUAUUUCCCGAGGGUUCUGGUUCCCAAAUCAUGGCGUUGCAUUAUUUGAAAGUCACGGAUUCGAUAUACGUGGGCACUCGUGAUCGGGUGUUGAAAAUACCGGCCCAGCACUGUGGCCGGCACCGGAGCAAGGAAGCGUGCAUGAACGCGAUGGACCCCUAUUGCGGGUGGAACGAGCACGUCGACAAGUGUCAACCGCCGACAAACGGUAACAUAAUGGAACAUAAUUGGCGACAGGAUGUUACCAAGUGUCCGGACCGGUCGAGGCCAAUCGAUGGUGGUUGGUCUAGCUGGUCGACAUGGACUGCGUGUACACAAAACGUAAACGGCAAAGAAUCCACCGACCAAUGCUUGUGUUCGAGCAGAACGUGCACGAACCCCGAACCGAAGUACAACGGGGCCGAUUGCCAAGGUCCUACCAUACAGGUGACUAAUUGCACUGUACACGGACAAUGGUCUGGUUGGUCGGACUGGUCAGCGUGUACGCAAAGUUGUGGUUCUGCUGUAAAAGUCAGAAAGAGGACUUGUGGAAAUCCAGCGCCGGCAUUCGGCGGUCGCGUUUGUGUAGGGCGCGACACCGAUGAAAUGUUUUGCCAUUCGAACCCACCUUGUCCAGUUUCACCACCUGUCGUAAAAGAGCCGGGUUGGAGCGCUUGGGGUGCGUGGGGCAAAUGUUCAGCCAAGUGCGGUGGAGGCAUUCGGCAAAGGUCGCGGUACUGUAACAAUCCGCCGCCACAGGAAGGACAGGAUUGCAUCGGGUGUUCCGAAGAGUACGAACUAUGUAACCAAAAACCGUGCACGGAUAGUAUAAAAAAGAUAUCGGCGUGGUCACCUUGGGUAUCCGCGGGCAACGGUACUCAUAAAAGAUACAGGUUCUCGUGUAGAACGCAGCCAGACAUUUCGGCAUUAAGCAUUAUGCAGGACAAAGAAGAAAAUAGAUUGUGCCAAGAUGGAUCGUGUCACAGACUUGAUCAACCAUCUGAUUCAGAAGACUCGUGGUCAGAAUGGUCACCAUGGUCCGCUUGUUCUGCUGAUUGUGGUGGUGGUGUACAAGUCAGGACUCGAACCUGUGAAGGUCCUUUAGAUAAUUGUGAGGGACAAAACACACAAACCAGACCUUGUAAUACACAGGAAUGCAAAGGAGAGUGGAGUUGUUGGACAGACUUUAAUGAAUGUUCUGUGACUUGUGGCGAAGGCGUCAGAACUCGUACGCGCAAGUGCAUACAAAAGGGUACGUCUACUGAAGGAUGCGAUGGUCCUUAUGAAAGCCAAGAACCGUGUUACGUACCUUGUCAUGAUAUGGAUUUGGGCUGGGAAGACUGGUCAGAGUGGUCGGUUUGCGAUAAGGACAACCAGAAACAUCGUACGAGAAAAUGUACUUUUGACCAUUGCUUGGGACCCGACAUUGAAUCUAUUCCUUGCUUUGAGAAAAACGAGAUCGUGAGCUCGAGCGGAUCCACACUGCUAGUGUGCCUGCUGUCUUUCUUGACUGGCGCCUUGGUGGCCGGCGCCGCGUUCUGCGCGUGGCAGAGACGUCGUAAGCCGAAGUUGCCGAGUAGCCCGCACUACAUCACCACCAAGCAGAACCCGUACGUGACGGUGCCGAUGAAGGAGUACCGCGCGCCCGCCAAGCGUACGCCGUCGUUCACCAAGCCGACCACGGUCGGUGCGCAGCAUCACGGCAACGGUACCGCGGCCACCGGCACGCUUCCGAGGUUGUUCAACAAACCUGCCGACUACGAGACUGCCACCAUCAAGCGGAACAGCCACAGCCUGGUCAACGGGCACACGAUGCGCAACCGUCCCGACUUGGAACAGGAAAAGUUUUUCUAACCCAUCACACCGCCAAACAAUAAUAAUAUAAUGUAUAUUAAACGUGAUGGUCACCAUAUUGCUGUGAUGAUCAUCACUCGUCAUUAUCGCGGACCACCUAUACAGGUUUACAUCAUUCGCGGUUCCUUGCCAUUUCUGCACGGACAAAUUCGGAUUUUUCGACCGGUAGUUGUCGUAUAACAUUAGCCGGAUCGUUGUCGUUGUGUCCGGGUUUAUUUAUUUAUUCUUUAAUAUACCUAAUUCGAUUAUUUGCAUUUUCGGAUAUCCGGAUAUAUAGACUACUACUACUGUUGCUGCUGCUCGUUAUUGCUAGUCAUUACGUAAUUUUCCUUUUAAUUUUCUGGCAAACGUAUCUAAUUUAACUCGGGAUAUUGGUAACUGAUACAAUUCGCAUAAUAUUACGCUUCUACAGCAAUUUAUAAAAACCUAAUUUUAUAUUUUGAUCAAUAAUGUACAUGACAUUAGUCGGUUAGCCUUUGAUUUCUGUAUAAUAUUAUAAAAUAUUAUUGUUGAAUAAAUAAUUUUUUUAACCGAUUAUUAUAUAUACAAAUGCUAUACGGUAAAUAUGUAGUUAAAUCAGUUUGACCAUUUCGUUUUUAUUUUAUACAGCCGAAGACUGUUUAAAAACACGAUGCAUAGGUAUAAUGAUAUCUGUUGUCGAAUUACAUCCAUUAUUGCUUUACUCUAUUUAUUAUAAAUAAAAUCCAAUUUGAAAAAAUCAUACGUGAAAUAUCUUAACCAGUAAUGUAUAUUUACAUCUUUUUAAUAGGUAUUAAUUAAAAUUGUAAGUUUAAGUUGGGGGUAUUAAGUGCGCAUAAUGGUGGAUUAGAAUCGUUUUUCUAAUCAUUCAUAUUAUUAUAUUACGCAAUAUGAAAUAUAUUUUAUAGUGUCGUACCUGCCUACUUAAAAUGGAUAUGUAUCUACCUAAAGAUGUGUUAAAUAAUAGAGUUUAUUUUUAACUUCGUAGAAGUACAUUGUAAUUUAUAAAUUAACGACUCAAAACACUGAUAAAUUAUAUAUUUUUGUCGCUAACAAUAUUAAAAACCACCAUUAAUAUAUAAGAUAAAAAUCGGUAAAAAAAUAAUUUAUAAAGUAAUGUAAAUAAAUGGAUAGAUAGGUUAUUAUUUUUGUACUUUUAUACUAAACAAGUACGCAUUGUGCCAAUGAUAUUCAUGAUUGAUCUAUUAUUUUGAUUAACUAUGAAAUAUUAAUGACUGAGAAAUUUGUUUAUUUUU